UUCCGAGCUAUUUUUAUUUUGAAUUUUUAAAGAUUUUUCUGAAUAAUGACAACCAAUUGCGUUCAAUCCUCACCCAGAGAGGCAACCGGCUUCGAAUACAUACAACUCUAACGGGCACGACUCCGAGUCAUUUAGCGGCUUCUGAUUUUUUUGAAGGAAGUAUGGCAGGAGAUAGAGAAGUUCAUGAGAGGGAAACUGAUACUAAAAAUAAAACAAAGCCUCCCCCUUCCGGCAAACUAAAAACACCCGUAACAACCACCAACAUCUGGCCAUUUCCCAUGUUUAUUAGAGGAAGUUGGAUUGGGCCAAAUAAAUUUAUUGGAGGUGGAUAUUGGGGCGGAGUAGGCCCUAUACCUUCUAAUCGUUAUUGGCAUACUGCUGCUGGAGGUAGACCUCCUUGGUGA